AUGGGCAGGAGCAAUCUGCAGAGGCUAUUGGCCCAGAGCAAUGGCCUCGAAGAACUCGCUGCCAUAUUCAGAGAGUUCCAACCAAUUCGCAGGUGGCCAGCAGCGAGCCAUGCCACUGCGUGGCACCGAGUGGCGAAACACGCCAGAGCCAAAGAGCUAAAGUCCAUUGGCUCUCCAUGCUCUCCUGGGCAGCUGAAAUCUCUGAUAAAGCAGCUUGCAGAGGCUCUUCCAGAACUACAUCACAUUGAUGCAAGGGGCUCCUCCAACAUUUUAUACUCCUGGGCCUUGUUGCGCUACACUGAAGGGCCUUUGGAAGCAUUUUGUCGCCAUACAGCUGGCCUUGUUCCGCAAUGCAAACCACAAGAGCUGUCCAACGUGAUAUAUGCUCUUGGCCUCCUGAAUUUCAAGGCUGAGGAGCUGCUUCUUCCCGCUUGCGCUGAAGCACGGCGAAGGACGCAGGAGCUCUCGCCACAGGACGCAACUGAAGCAAGCAAGUCUCAAGCUGCAAUGGAUAUGCGAUAUGAGGCUGUUGCGCUUAUCGGAGCUGCUGGCGAUGAGACGUGGUCGUCCUUUCGAACUCUCUUCGGGCGGAAUGCAGAGCAGGGCUUUCCGAGAGAUGUGGACCUGGCUGUUAGUGCGCAGGAGCUAAUCCAGCAGCACAGUCCAGCCAUGGAGGUGGAUGGCGAUGCAGCUUAUGGGGCUUCGCUUGGGAUGCGCCAGUUUUUGGGAACCUGCAAUCGCCCUCCAAAUGUUAAAGGUGGAGACUUUUGCUUGUACGGCAUGGCUUCUGCCUUGUGGGUCAUCGCCCGCCAUGACCAUCCUGACCGAAGAAACUUCUUGCAGCAUGCUAGCUUUUUGCUGGGCUCCACUAUGAACCACGUGUUGGACUUCAUGGAAAGCUCAGGUUGGCCUAUAUCCUUGGUUGAUAUCCUAGCGAAUCUGGAAGCAGCUGAUAAAAAUGAGGAGUUCUUGCUACCACCGGAGGCGCGCCGCCGGUUUGAAAUGCCCAAAGUUGGCAGACAGACCUCGGUGGAGAUUUUGGAGGCUGUGCGUGUUGCUGAUCAGUUUGAGCAUUCUCCGAUCCGUCUUGAAGUUUGGGAAGUUGGAGUACACGCAUCCCUCUCAGCGGAAGUCAUCCAAAUGUUGGCCCGGAUCUUUUCGGUGCACGAAUUCAAGUUCCGCAAUCUCAUCAAAGACCAGUAUCCCUUGUGGCUUCCAGAGAAAUGUGGGACUUUGUACUGGCACCCACGGAUGGAUUGUAUUGAGCCAGAGGAUACAGAUGAGAUAACCCAGCUCUUCAGACGACGAGUGCCCCGAAGCGCCAGCUCCAAGGAGGCAAUUGUUGACAUGGAAGGCUUCGUCGCCGAGUUCGAAAAAGUGGCGGGUGCUCGCUUGAACUAUGUGGACGUUUUGGUUUGUACUGUGCCAUACUUGUGCCUUUUGUUGGAGCCUGUGGAUCUACCAACGCUGGGCUACUUUGGCCAUCCGCUCUUGUUCAUGGUGCCAGAUGAGCAAGAUAUUCGCAAUAGCUUUUGGGAGCGCUUCUCUGAAAUGUCGAAGAAGAGUUCGGUGGAGUUUGCCGUCAGUGAUCCUUUCCUGCAAAUGCAGUUUGAAUAUCAACUGGGCUCGCCAAAGCUGCCAGUUCUUCGAACUCAUGCCCUAUACACUGGGACGACACACUUCCCACAGCGAAGUGAGGAGGUCUUGGUUUUGGAUCGCCCCCAUGAAGCAAUUCUUCUGUGCACCCUGCAGCGAUUCCUUGGAGGAGAACCUUUGGACUGGCCCGUCUCCGAGGGCCGCCUACGCGUCGCCAGUAGCACGAGCUAUCCGUACCGAUUUAUCACUAGAGCUAUGACGGAUAAGAAAUUCAGCACCUUUGCUCAGUUCAGGGCAGUACUACUUUGGCCCUACGAUAUGGACUUGAUCACCUUUUACGAAUUCUAUGGAAUGAAUAUGCCAAUCUUUAUGCCGAGUCAUCUAUCAAAGUAUAUUUUCCAUCAGGGCCAUGGCGCCUACAAGUAUCGUUGGAACGAGCGGAAGGAACAUGAGGACGGGACGCCAUUCGAGUGGACGAAUGAAGAUGUUAGCCCAUUUGACGAAACGUCACCUGCAGCUGCACAUCUCAUAGCUUCUUGGCUUUCUGGAUUUAGAUGCUUUUGUAUUUUGUCCCAGGCAUUGGCUUGGCUGCUAUUUCAUGCUGUCUAUCUAUAUACGGUACUAUAUAUACGUUUAGGUGUGUCACACAUGGAAAAGACUUGCCGUUCCAUGAGGGUUCCAUGA